AUGUCUUCUCCCAAUCUCACCGAGUCCCGUCCAUCUUCAUUCCUGUUGCUGGGAAUUCCAGGGUUGGAAGUUGCACAAAUCUGGUUUGGCUUGCCCUUCUGUGUGGUGAAUCUGACUGCUCUUGUUGGAAAUGUUAUCAUUCUGUUUGUUAUGACUGAUCAUAGCCUUCAUCAACCCAUGUUCUACUUCCUGGCCAUGCUGUCAGUGAUUGACCUGAGUCUUUCUACAGCUACCAUCCCCAAGAUGCUGGGUAUCUUCUGGUUCAGCCUUCAGGAGCUGUGCUUUGGGUGCUGUAUUGCUCAAGUCUUUUUUAUCCACUUUUUUACGGUCAUGGAGAGCAUUGUACUUCUUGCCAUGGGUUUUGAUCGCUAUGUGGCGAUUUGCAACCCCCUCAGGUACAGCAUGAUCCUCACCAACAGAGUCAUUGGUGUGAUUGCUGUGGUGGUAGUUCUAAGAAGCUUAAGCAUGAUUGUUCCCAUCAUUUUUCUCCUCCUGAGGCUGCCUCAUACCUAUUGUGAGCACAUGGGAGUGGCAUGCCUGGCUUGUGCCAGCAUUAGUGCCAAUGUCUACUAUGGUCUUGGGAAUAUUUCUAUCUUGUUUCUGGAUGUGCUUCUAAUCAUUAUCUCCUAUGCUAGGAUCUUAUAUGCCAUCUUUCACCUCCCUUCCCAAGAUGCCCACCUAAAGGCUCUAAAUACCUGUAGUUCUCAUAUCUGUGUUAUCUUAGCCUCCUUUGGCCCAGCUCUCUUCUCCUUCUUCACCCAUCGUUUUGGUCAUAGCAUCCCCCAGUAUAUCCAUAUCCUUCUGGCUAAUUUUUAUGUAGUCAUCCCCACUGCCCUCAACCCAGUCAUUUAUGGGAUCAGGACCAAACAGAUCCAGGAGUGGGUACAGAGUAUCUUUGUUAAAAAAAGAUUGAAUGAGAGGUAA